AUGGGUCUCAUUCACAAGAUUGAAGAAAAGGUUCUUCACCACGGUGACAAGAAGCAUGAACAGCAAUACAUGGGUCCUCCUCAACACCAACAACAAGGCUUCGGCCAACAGAGCUACAGCCAACCUCAAGGUGGCUACGGAGGUGGUGGCAUGGGAAUGGGUGGCGGUAUGGGUAUGAACGGAGGUCGUCAAGAGUUCGGCGGCCGUCAAGAGUUCGGUGGUAACCAUUCAAAUGGAGGAUUUGGUGGACCUUCGCAACACGGCGGACAAUUUGGUUCGGGUGGUAUGGGCAUGGGCAGUCAAGGACACCAUGGCGGUCAACACGGAGGCCACCAUGGCGGUCCUGGAGGCAUGGGAGGUAUGGGCGGAGGUCCUGGGGGUAUGGGCGGUGGACCUCAAGGUGGCCGUGGAGGUCCUGGCGGUUGGUAA